AUGUGGAACCUUGUAUGGAAUUCCCUAGUGCGUGAAUCGGCCGUAACGAUUCUCGAAUUGCUAGAUCGGGUUAUCCAAUGUUCUUCCAUGAUAUUCCUUAGCGGUAUCCGCCUCCGCAAUCUGGGGUUGAUCUGGGGUUUGCAUGGUGGGCAGUGGAGAAAUGUCGGCGGCUGGGGGAAGAUGUUUCCGGGAUUGAACCUCGUGGCAAUGUGUGGGAGUGCCGAGUGCGUAAUUCAACCAGGUUUGAUUGGCCAGGAGAAUGGGAACGAGCGCGCGGGGAAAUUGCCCUCAGUCCGCUCGGAAAUGGCUGCUGCGGCUCUUUCGCGUCGGAACUACCACGUUCAGCUACCCAGAUAUGGGAAGUCUUUCCGCGUUGCAACAAACGAGUCAGGAACUGCUUUAACUUCUGCAUUGCUGAAUCACAAAAGACCUUUUGAGGAAAUGAAGUUGUUCCUUCCGCUGCUUGCUUCCGAAGUACGAGCGCGUAUAAUGCUAACCGGGUGGACUCAAGUAUUUAACCCUCUUGCAAAAUUGAAGAUAAAUUUUACCACAGGCAAAAGUUUGAUGCGGGCAGCAUCUCAUGACAUUAUUGCUUCUCAACUCAGUCACCAAGUUUCACAACAAGUGCCUCCUGGAGUGAAUUUGCACCUUCUUGUUCCAGGAAUGAUAGCGCCCCAGCAUAUUGAUCUAGUUUCAAAUGUCUCUUCGGCCUCCAUGGUAAAUAAGCCCUCAAUUAUACCACCAUAA